AAGCAGAAAAUGGGACCGGCUGCCACCUCGCUCGCUCUCCUGUGUUUAUGUUCUCUGGGAGUGUGUGUUCCUACAGGGACGGCCGCCGCAGCACCAACACAGGCAUCCCUUUCAGAGGUGAAGAGGGCGCGAGGGGACGUUCCCGAUAUUCUUCCAGAACCUGAACCAGAGCCAACCAGCCCAGUGUCAGACUUUGAAAACUCAUACAACUAUGUCUUGUCCAGAUUAGCCGAUAUGGACCAGGCGAUCCACAAGCUGAAUGUUGGUCACUACACCCUGGAUGUUAAAGUCAGCCAGUUAAUGGACCGGCUGACCAGGGUGGAUGCUAAAGUUGAGGAGCUGGAGGACAGCAUCCGGGGGGUCUACCAGCACAGCAAGGCCAACCGCAAGGAGAUGGGACGACUGGAAGGUUGCCAGAAGGGACACCGGAUGGGAUACAAAUGCUAUCUCGUGUACAAUAGCCACGAGGACUACGCCGGAGCGUCCGGGAAGUGCCUGGAGCGCGGCGGUCGCAUGGCGAUGCCGCGCGACCGCAAGGAGCAGGAGGCCCUCGCCGACUACGUCAAGUCCUUUUUCCACCCGGGGAACUGGCCCGUCUGGCUGGGCGUCAACGACCUGCGAUCUGAGGGCAUGUACCUCUUCGACGACGGGACGCGGGUCUCGUACUUCCAGUGGCGCAAACACUUCCUGUCCAGCCAGCCGGACGGCGGGAGGCGGGAGAACUGCGUGUCGAUGUCUUCGGACGACGGCGACUGGUGGGACCACUACUGCGAUCGGACCAUGAACUAUAUGUGCGAGUUUGAUGACAGGGUGGCACUUUAAGAAGAACUCUUUUUUUUUCCUACUUUGAGCUUCAGUUAUUAUAAUCACGAGAAAUAAAAGCCCAUUCUAUUUUCAAAUAACUUAUUGCCCUUUAAAAUACACUUAAAACAUAGCUGGAUUGGUUGUUUUCAAGGGUGGGGUCUUAAAUGCUCCAUAAGAAAAAGAAUUUUUCAAUAUAAAUAUCAAUUAUGAUUUCCAUCCUAUAUGCUAUUAGUGCAGCAGUGUUUAAGUAGUGUCCAUAUGCGUACAGGAUAAAAACAUCUGCCAUGGAAAUAUUUCAAGGUAUUGUUUUUUUUAAGGUGAAACAGAAUGCAGCUUUUAAUUUUUCAACGCUCAAGAAUCCAUGUAUUGCCAUUUAAGUUCUAAAAGUACAGAAAAAGUAAGAUUAGGUAACUUUAUCAGAUGAAGUUAGUAUAAUAAAUAUAUUAUUCAUGCAGCUGCAGUGAUAUGAAUGUAAACCAGUCAGGACUCUGCUGUGAUUUCAUGCUGGCGAUUCUCAAUAUUUAUUCAAAGUUUGCAAAAAAAAAACAUGAAAAUCUGGGAGGCACUUUCUUCAGAAUCAGCACAUAGUGAACCUCUUGAAGAUAUAAAUCAAUGUGUGUUUGGGCUGAACAGUAGCCAGUGCUUUGCUGUUACUUCUGAGCUUUGAAGCUAUUUUAACAGUCUGGUCAAACUGCUGAUUCUCCAACAUCUCAGACCAGAACAUUUUCCCACAGUAUGUAAAGCAAAAGAGUUUUAUAUAAAACACGAAUGUAAGUGCUUUUCAUAAAUCUGCCUCACCAGUAGGGCUGGGUAUUGUGUGAUAUGUUUUGAUACAGUGCUGGUACCACAAUGACACUUUUGUGA